AUGACCUCCGUCAGUACCAUUGUAAUGCAAGACGACAAACGAGGAGAAUCCUCGAAGAAACAACCACUUCGGCUACCGAUCAUUGCACCCAAGGAUGACCUGUCUUCUUCGGCAAGUUCCAGUCGCAGCAGCCGUGUCGGGCCUGGCGUCCUUCCACGCGCUCGACUGCCUCCGCGGUCAAGAACCGGUUGCUGGACCUGUCGCACUCGCAAAGUAAAAUGUGAUGAAGGACGCCCCGUUUGUGGACAAUGUGAACGCCUCGGCCACAAUUGCGAUUAUAGUCCCCGUUUAGCCUUUCGCGAUGAUACGCCACGCGUCCUGGAACGCAUGCAGGAUGUGACCAAUGUCGCCAGCUCCGUGUGGGAUUCGACCUCACCUGCCAUGACUGACACCAGCAUUGGAUCUGCCGCGGUGGAUGAUCUACCACCCUUCGCUUCACUAACAACAGAUGAUGACCGUGAGAGAAAGGCCGAGAGGUCCAGCCCCGGAACAUACAAUGUGGUGGUCAAUCAAGAUAGCUUCCAACACCUACCCGAGUACUGUGACGAUCCCGACGUAAAGAAAGAACUCCCGCCGCCGUUACGUCGAGGCUCUGUUGCUACGUCCCUCGCCAGUAGCGCCGGUCGCGAAUCCGCUGUCGAAGGCGUUCCCAUUGCAGGAGACCCUAACAUUGUUGUAUUACCUAGAUUCGAAGAUGUUGCCCGUCGCGGGAUAUUCAGUUCCCGAGAACCACGAUCACCGGUUUCACCCAGAGCAAAACACAUAAUCAUCAAGGACGAAGACCAUGACGAAGUCACCAUGACAGAAGAACCAGACGCAAUAGACGACAAGAGCAAGACAGGCCAAGAUGCCAGGUAUCUCCAACGAUUUCGCCAGGUCGUUUGGAAUCAGCUCGUACCAGCCGAGCCCGAUGUGAGAGACGGGAUGAUGCGAUCGAGUGUCAAUGUCCUGGAAAUGGCCGCAACCACUUUCCCUCCGUUGCAUCACGCCAUGAUGGCCGUCGCAGCCUUGAGUUUGGCCGCACAAGAUGGAAACGAGAGACUCGAUGCAUUACAACAUUAUCAGCAAGCUUUGCCGGCAUUGCAAAGUAGCCUCAAAAGCCCGACCGAUUUAUCCUCCGACGGCGCCUUUUUGACACAUUUCCUCUUGCUGGUCUACGAGAUUGCGGCAGCCGAAGCCGGACAUUCGAACCUCUGGUCCCAACAUUUGUCGACACUUUUGCGGAUUUCUCUCCUGCGACGUGACGUCUUUGGGGGUGAAAGAUUCCCAUUUGUGGUGUGGUGGAUUUGCAACAUUGAUUUGGAUGCACUUUUCAGCGGAGCAGGCAGUGGUGAAUUCGUGGGAUCCAUGUUGAGCAACGAUCUCAUUCCUCCUCCGAGUUUUCAUUUAUAUCCACUGGGUCUGGACGGCUCCAGCGUGGUCUAUGCUGAUGAGUUGGAAUCCUUGCCUCCAGUCCUACAGCUGGAUUACGAAGUCACAAUUCUGGCAAUCCGGUUGGCGCUGCUCGCACAUGAAUUCAGAAACGAUAGCAACUUCAACGAUGCGGAUAUGAUUCAGAGGAACCAAGCCACCAGAAUACGCCAGAGUCGAAUUUUCGAACUACAAGAAUCUUUGCGUCAACUGUGGGUUACCCCUGUGGCGGUGAUGAUCAGUCAAAGGGUCGAAGAUCUCCCCGAACGUCCACAUCGGUUGUACGAACAUGCAGCUGCCCUUUAUCGAGCCUGUAUUAUCUAUUCGCAUACGUCCAUGUGGCCAGGGCAAAGACUAGACACAUCUCCGGACUAUAACACCGAAAUUGCGGUGGCGUCGAAUCAGAUCAUCUAUAUGGCGAGGAAGGCGCUGGAAGAAGAUCGAUUAGACAGUCGAUAUUUGGUCUUCCCUGUUUUUAUCGCAGGGUUUGCCAGCACCGACGGGGGUCAACGAAUGCAAGCGUUGGAUUUGAUUCGCAGCAUGGAAAUGAACAGUAUCGGGCGAAACACGACCGUUACACGCAAAGCUCUGGCGGCCGUGUACGAGAAGCAGAAUGAGCGAUUCAUGAACACCGGGCAGAGUUUGGACGUGGACUGGAUGGAGGUCAUGGCGGAGCGAGAGUUCAUGGUGGUGAAUUUUGGUCUGUGA